AUGGCGCGAGUGGGAGAAAGGCCAAGUGGUGGGGGGGAAGUAAGGACGGGAAAGGGAGAGGAAGGCCAGGGAGUAGGAGAGGAGAGGAAAGGGGGCAGGCAGAGAGAAGGGAAGGGGGAAGGGGCGGAGGGAAAGAGGGAAGGCGGCGCCCAAAGGGGGAGGCCCCAACCCCAAGGGCCCCCACACGCCGACCGACAGAGCAGGGGGGAAGGGGGAAAGCACGGGGACGCAAGGGGGCAGCAGACAGGGCCAAAGGGGGGGGCGAACAAGGAAGCGGCCCACGGGGGACAGAAGGCCCGCACGGCCGCCGCCGAGGGGCAAACCGGGGGCGCGGCGCCCAAAGACGCCCACGAAACCAGGGAGCGAAGCCCGGGCGGGGAAAGAGGGAAGGCGAAGGGGACAAAGGCAAGAGAAGAGAGGCAAGAGGGAGGAGAAGGGGCAAGAAAAGAAGGGGAGAGGGAGGGGGAAACCAAAGACGGGACAGAAGGGAGAACAAAGAAAAAGGAGGGCAGAAAAGAGGAAAGAGAGACGAAGAGGGGGGGAGAGAGGGCGACAGGAGGAGGGGGGGGAAGGGCGAGGAAGACGGAAGAGGAGAAGGAGAGGAAGGGGGGAAGGAGAAGGCGAGAGGAGACGGGAAGAGGAGAAGGAGACGAACGGGGAAGGAACGGGAGGAACGGAAAAGGGAAAGGGAGAAGCAGAGAAGGAAGGAGAAAAGGAGAAAAAGGGGGAAAAAAAAGGAAAACCGGAACAAGGGAACCAGGCAGGGAGGGAAGAAGGGGGCGGGCAGGGGGACCCAAGGGGAAGAAGGAAAGAAAGGCGGGGGGCAAAGCCGCGAAGAGAAGCCGCGAACGGCGGAGGGCAAACAAGGACAGGGCAAGGGAGGGCGCACGGCAAGGGGGGGGGAGGGGAAGACGCGCGGGGGCACAAAAGCGCGCAAGGAGGGAAGGGGGGGCGGGAGGAAGAGAGGGGGAAGGGGGGCAGGGGAGGAAGAAAAGACGGGGGAAAGAAAGAGAGAGCAGGAGGGGAGGAGAACGGGGAGAGGGAAGGAGAAAAAGAGGCACAAAAAAGAGAAGAGACAAGGGAGGGAGAGAAGCAAGGGAGGAAGGGGAAGGGAAAAAGGGGACAGGGGAGAAAAAGAAAGACAAGAGAACGAAGGAAAAGAGGGCGCGGAAGGAAGGGAGGGAGAAGGAAGAAGGGGGACGGAAGGAAGACAGGGGAAGGACAAGGGAGCGAAGAGAAGCAAGGAAGAAAGGGGAAGAGAAAGAAGGGAGAGGGGGAGAAAAAGAAAGACAAGAGAACGAAGACAAGGAGGGCGCGGAGGGAAGGGAGGGAGAAGGAAGAAGGGGGGAAGAAAGGCAGGGGGGACACAGAAGGCGAAAGGAAAGAAAGGCAGAGCGAGAAGGGGGAGCGACGAAAGGAGGAGGGAGAGAAGGGAAGAAGAGGAAAAGAGAGGACGAAGGAGGCCAACGGGGAGGGGGAGGAGGGCGAACCGAAGACGGGGGGGGGAGGGAAAGCAAGGAGGAAGGGAACGGGGAACGAACGGGCAAGGCGGAAAAGGGGAACGGAAGGAGGAACGGGGGGGGGAGGGGAAAGGGAGGGGAAAAGGGAAAGCGGAGCAAGCGGGGAAGCAAGCGGAGCCAG